AAACAAUUGACUUGAGUCGAUCAACUACUCUUACCACCGUUCAGUUCAGGAGAAGAUGAAAAUGGCCACCCUUUCGCUGGACGAAGAAGUUCGACUAUUUACAAACAAUGCUGAACGAGAGAAGUACAAUCUUCUUGGUACCUUGUACGGGAUCAUUGUCGCACUUGACUACCUCGAGCGCGCCUAUGUUCGUGAUGCAAUUACCGCAGCACAAUACUCUCCUGCGUGCACGCGACUUCUCUCGCAGUACAUGACCAUGCUCAAGCUUGUCAAGGAUUCCGUUCCUUCCAUCGAGCAGUUCAUGACACGGUAUCGGAUGGAUAACCCUGCGGCGUUACAUCGCAUACGAGUUGGCGUACCUGCGACUGUUGAACAUUCUAGCGAGGCGGGACCUGAGACUGGAAAGUGGAUCGCUGAGACGACGCAGAAUUUUAUCACAUUCAUGGAUGCGUUGAAGCUUAGGCUACGCGCUAAGGAUCAACUCCACCCGAUCUUGCAAGAACUUGUCACAGGGUAUGCUAGGUUUAAGGGGAGCAAGGAUUGGGAGGGACGGAGCAAAAUGGUCAGCUGGCUUAUUACCUUGAACAGCAUGAAGGCAUCUGAAGAAAUAACAGAUGAACAGUCCCGGCAGCUUUCGUUUGAUGUCGAACAUGCAUAUGCCGAAUUUUUCAGGAGUCUGAGCGGCGGUAAGGAGAGGUCGUAACGAAGAUGGUUAUACAGCCCUCGAUCAUUUCAUAUCCAGGCGGCUCCGCUUUGGUUUACAAAUAUGGGCAAUCAAAUAUGUGCAGUCGCAGAGCCUUUCAGGACCAGGCACACUGCGUGUGUUCAUCAGCGGGUUGGAUCAUUGUGCUACAGAAUGCUACCGAGCGCUCUGUAGCACUCUGUAGUGAAUUACGUUUCCCUGAUGUUGUCGUGGGCAGUCUCGCCUGAUGCGAGCGGCUUCAGUGAUUGAAGCAGCAAGUGUUGUCCACUCAGACGUAUAUAACCAAUUAUCAAUCGGUUGCUGUGCCGCUGUGCACUCUUGGCAUGGCACAUACUGAGCAGGGCCUGGGGGUUCGUCUGCGCAACACAAUAUAUACUCUGCUGGAUGCUGAUCAAGAUGAUCCUCACGCAUAGAUGUAAAGUAGUUUGCUAGGUAUUAUGAAAUGUGAUGCCCAAAUAC